AAGGCUGGCCCUCCUCUCUGCCGCGCAGAGCGAGUGCAGGAGGCGGAUCCUGGGCGCGUGAGGGCGACAGUCGGCGCGCUGGGCAUGAACCUGGAGGGCAGCGGCCGAGGCGGAGAGUUCGGCAUGAGCUCGGUGAGCUGCGGCAACGGGAAACUCCGCCAGUGGCUGAUCGACCAGAUCGACAGCGGCAAGUACCCAGGGCUGGUGUGGGAGAACGAGGAGAAGAGCAUCUUCCGCAUCCCCUGGAAGCACGCGGGCAAGCAAGACUACAACCGCGAGGAGGACGCCGCCCUCUUCAAGGCUUGGGCACUAUUUAAAGGAAAGUUCCGAGAAGGCAUAGAUAAGCCAGACCCUCCUACCUGGAAGACCCGUUUGCGAUGUGCUUUGAACAAGAGCAACGACUUCGAGGAACUGGUAGAGAGGAGCCAGCUGGACAUCUCAGACCCCUACAAAGUGUACAGGAUUGUUCCUGAGGGCGCAAAAAAAGGAGCAAAGCAGCUCACCCUGGAGGACCCACAGAUGACCAUGAGCCACCCCUACACCAUGACGGCUCCUUAUACCUCACUCCCAGCUCAGCAGGUUCAUAACUACAUGAUGCCACCCCAUGACCGAACCUGGAGGGACUACGUCCCUGAUCAGCCCCACCCAGAAAUCCCGUAUCAAUGUCCUGUAACAUUUGGAUCCCGCAGCCACCACUGGCAAGGCCCGUCUUGUGAAAAUGGUUGCCAGGUGACAGGAACCUUUUAUGCUUGUGCCCCGCCUGAGUCCCAGGCCCCUGGAAUCCCCAUAGAGCCAAGCAUAAGGUCUGCUGAAGCCUUGGCGCUCUCAGACUGCCGGCUCCACAUCUGCUUGUACUACCGGGAGAUCCUGGUGAAAGAGCUGACCACGUCUAGCCCAGAAGGCUGUCGGAUCUCCCAUGGGCACACCUACGAUGCCAGUAACCUGGACCAGGUCCUUUUCCCCUACCCAGAGGACAAUGGCCAGAGGAAAAACAUCGAGAAACUUCUGAGCCACCUGGAAAGGGGUGUGGUCCUCUGGAUGGCCCCCGACGGGCUUUAUGCCAAAAGACUGUGCCAGAGCAGGAUCUACUGGGAUGGGCCCCUGGCACUAUGCAGUGACCGGCCCAAUAAACUGGAGAGGGACCAGACCUGCAAGCUCUUUGACACACAGCAGUUUUUAGCAGAGCUGCAAGCUUUUGCUCACCAUGGCCGUCCCCUGCCAAGAUUCCAGGUAACUCUGUGCUUUGGGGAAGAAUUUCCAGAUCCUCAGAGGCAAAGGAAGCUCAUCACUGCUCACGUCGAACCUCUCCUAGCCAGACAACUAUAUUAUUUUGCUCAGCAAAACAGUGGACAUUUCCUGAGGAGCUAUGAUUUACCUGAACACAUUAGCAGUCCAGAGGAUUAUCACAGAUCUAUUCGCCACUCCUCCAUUCAAGAAUGAAAAAUGUCAAGACAAGUGAUUUUGUUUCAUUGUAAAUAUCUGACUUUGACAG